AUUGCAACCAACUCCCGUUUCCUGGAGGAAAGCGAAUACACGGACCGAGCAUUACGAGUCAGAGGUAUCCUUGGCGGGAGGUGCUGUUCUGGAAGGUCCCAGGCAACGGUGGAGUCAGAAGCCCAUCGCAGAGGACAUGGAGAAGGAACGGGAGGCACUGCAGGUCUGGAAGGAACGAGUGGGACAGGAGCUCGACACUGUGGUCGCUUUCUGGUUACAGCACUCCCAUGACGAGGAACACGGGGGCUUCUUCACAUGUCUUGGCCGCAAUGGGCAGGUCUAUGAUCACCUCAAAUAUGUCUGGCUACAGGGGAGGCAGGUAUGGAUGUAUUGUCGCUUGUACCGCCUUUUUGAGCGCUUCCACCGUGCUGAGCUUCUGGAUGCAGCAAAAGCAGGUGGUGAGUUUUUGCUGCAUUAUGCCCGGGUGGCACCACCUGGCAAGAAAUGUGCCUUUGUGUUGACUCGGGAUGGCCGUCCAGUGAAGGUGCAGCGGACCAUUUUCAGCGAGUGUUUUUACACUAUGGCCAUGAAUGAGCUUUGGAAAGUAACAGGGGAAACACGUUAUCAGAAUGAAGCUGUGGAAAUGAUGGACCAGAUCGUCCACUGGGUGCGGGUGGACCCCACUGGGCUAGGCCGGCCUCAGCUCUCGGGGACCCCAGCCACAGAGCCCAUGGCAGUGCCUAUGAUGCUGCUCAGCCUGGUGGAGCAGCUUGGGGAGGAAGAUGAGGCACUGACCAGCAAGUACGCAGAACUAGGGGACUGGUGUGCCCACAGGAUUCUGCAGCACGUCCAGAGGGAUGGAAAAGCUGUGUUAGAGAAUAUAUCAGAGGAUGGUAAAGAACUUCCUGGUUGCCUUGGAAGACAUCAGAACCCAGGUGAAGAUCUAGAAUGGGACAUGAAGCUUUGGUGGCCACACAGUGAAGCCAUGAUUGCCUUCCUCAUGGCUUUCAGUGACACUGGGGACCCUGCCUUGCUUCAAAUCUUCAACCAGGUUGCUGAGUACACCUUCAGCCAUUUUCAUGAUCCUGAGUUUGGAGAAUGGUUUGGCUAUCUGAACCGAGAGGGAAAGGUGGCCCUCAACAUCAAGGGAGGUCCUUUUAAAGGCUGCUUCCACGUGCCGCGGUGUCUGGCCAUGUGUGAGCAGAUUCUGGAAGCCCUGAUCCACCGCCUCGGGCCCACCCCCGUCGUGUCCUCACCCGCUGACCCCAUCUGCGGAGGCUCGAAAUAAAUCUGACCCUGCU